AUAUAUAAGAUAUAGAUAUAGAUAAUAUACGUAUACAUACUGAACCGAACCGUUAAACCGGUUUAAACCGGAAUCUCCGGACUGGACCGGUGUACGAAAUCGAAUGGGCUAGUCGUUGUACAUGACACUUGAAAUUAGGGUUUAUUUAGGGUUUCGUGGAGGCAAACAGAGCCUCCGCCAUAACUGCUACUGUUUCCACCAGCUGACGGAUCGAUACGUUCUAUGCACACUCACACACCCAUAUAUAUAUCUUCUGCUUCUUCUCCGCCGCAGCUAUGAAUGAAUUGGCCUCCAAGACUCUUGUGUAUCAAAUAGAGGUAGAGGAUGGUGGAGCUUCCGAAGAAUUCUGCUGUUGAAAGUACGGCAGCGGAAGAGGGGAAAGCCGCCGGCGGAGGGGACCCGUCGUUGGAAUCCAAGAAACCAUCGACGCCCAACGAACUACUCGACGGUUGUCUUCCCGAACUCGAAGAGAACUCGUUGUCGUUCACCGAUUCGUUUUUAAAUUUUGACUGCAUUGACGGUUGGUUCGAAGAGAACAGUGAUUUGCCUAGUGGUGGGAAUAUGACAGAUUUGGGGAUUGGCGGUGAAUUAGGGUCUGUUGAUUGCAAGAAAGAUGAAGUCGAAGGGGCGUUAAGUGCGCAGAAUGGACCCCUAUGCGAUUUGGAGAAAAAUAAGCGAGCGAAUGAGGAAUGUGACAAAACUGUUCAUUUGAUUGUGGGGUCUGUGAUUGAAGAACGGUUUGGGAGGGUCAGUUUAGCGGGGCCAACUGAUGGUUUGAUCCCUAAAUAUGAUGUAGUUAGAGGGUUUAGUGUUGCGAGUAGUGUUGAAAUCUUCAAUCCUACUGAUGAUGUGGUUGGUGCUGCUGAAAAAGUGGCCGACAUCCCGGAGUCCAACCAUGUAACGGAACGCGAUGACGCUGAAGAUGACGAUGAGAAUAGCAGUAGCAGCGAUUCAGAGUCCGAAAGUGAGAGUUCUUCUUCUUCGAGUAGUGAUGACGAUGACGUGGAGGAGGAAGAAAAGAAAAAAGAAAUUGGAGUAGAAGAAGGUGAAAUUGUGUUAUCUGAUGCGGACGAGAUGGUUGGUUGGAGCGACACUGAAGAUGGUGAUGGUGAUAGUGGUGCAAUAGGAGGGCCCAUAAGAUCCAAAAAUGAGCUCAAGGAGCUCCCACCAGUUCCUCCUAUCACUGUCUCCUUGGAACUGCAGCACCAAACACAUCCAGUUGGAACAAUCUCAUCGAUUCUUGGCGCUCAGGUCAUUGUAGAAGGGGUUGAAAACCACAAUCCAUUAGCCGAAGGUUCAAUUCUUUGGAUUACUGAAAGUAGAUUGCCGCUGGGAAUAGUCGACGAAAUAUUUGGGCCUGUCAAGAGCCCAUAUUACAUAGUCAGGUACAACUCCGAGGCUGAAAUCCCUUCUAACAUUCAGCAAGGCACUCCAAUCUCUUACGUUCAGGAAUUUGCAAAGCAUGUACUGAAUGACAAGAGUCUAUACGAGAAAGGGUAUGAUGCGUCUGGCAAAGAUGACGAAGAGCUGUCGGAUAUUGAAUUUUCAGAUGAUGAGAAGGAGGCAGAGUAUAAAAGAAUGCUCAAAAUGAAGAAAAGGGUAACAAAUGAGUCAAACCCCGGAAACAAAAGAAAGGAUAAACGACCGGUGAAGAACCCGAGCAGGAACUGGAACAGCAAUCGUCGAGACCAACAUUCCACCCCCUCUGGCAGCAACCAGAACAACAAUCAAGACAGGCCACCGCCAAUACCAAUUGUUGCCGGUGACCAACAUUCUGCGUCAUCUGGCAUGACAAGACAGAACAUGCCACCGGGUGCUCAACCAAUAGCAGCAGCUUCCCCACAUUGGCCCGUGGCACAGGGACCGGCUUUCGCUGCAUCUAGUGGAAUUUGGAGCAGCGGGUUCCAACCUCUCGGCGGAGUGCCAUGGACUGUGCCUCAGCAACCCAAUCAACCAUUUCUGGCGCCUUUACCCGCAAACAUGGUGCCGUUCCAGCAACAAGUUGGUACCUUUCCACAGUUUACAUUCGCCUUGAAUCCUUUGCUUGCAGCACAGGCAAAUUUCGGCGCAGGAGGAUGGCCCCAAGCCCCAGCGAUGAAUGCAGUUCAGUUUGGCACAGAACAAGUUGUUCGUCCUCCUCAGGGAUUUCAAGCCAACCCUGGUGCAAUGCCGAAUUUCAAUCAGAGCCGGGGUGGUGGCGGCGGAAGAAGAGGAGGACGGCCGGGAAGAUUUGAUGGCCGCCGCGGUAGAGGUAAUUAUCAAAGACGUUAAUGUAGUCUUCUUUGUCGAGCAUUUUUACAACAGCUUUCAACAAAUCAGUGUAUAAUAUACACUUUUUAUUAACAGCUAAGGCUACUUGUGUAUGGAUUGAGACCAUGUUGGAUGUUUUUUGGGAUUUUAUCCAACAUCCAAUAUUUUAUUUUUCAUGCCAACUAUGAAGUCCAAAAAUUAUCA